UACAUCUGCCAACUUUUUCUCCCAGGAGAGAUCUUUAAUGUCCCAAGAGCCAAGCAUCUCUGGGAAGGGAGGGAGGCAUCUCUGAUGGAAGAAUAACAGCUGCUUGGAUGGUGGGCUCUCAAACUCCCCUAAGCGUUAUAAUAAUAACAAUAUAUAAGCAAAACAUGGUUGGCUUCGCCGCAUCUUCUGUUCCCGGCUUGUCUCCCAGGAUCUUCCAGAAAAAGCGAUGGCCAAGCUUCUGCAAUUGCCCCCCAAGUUCCUGCCCCCGGAAUGGCACAUCGCCAACAAGACCCAGUACUCCAGUGCAGAGGCCCAGCGAUCCCGCUCGGAGCGCCUCGUGGAUGAGAGCCAGCGGCUGGUGGAUGAAAUUGAAAGGACCACCCGGAAGACCCAAAGUGAUGUGAACAAGAGAAUAGAGCAGAGAGUCGAGGAGAUCAAAUUCUGGAAGCAACAACUGGAUGACAAACUCGACCAGAUUGUAAAGGAGACCGAGGUUCUUGUGAUGUUUAAGACUCGGCUGGAGAAGGCCCUGCAGAGCUGCAAAGAGCCACUGUUCAUUGUACAGGAGUGUCUCCUAAACCGGGAGCGGCGGGUGGGGAUUGACUUGGUUCACGAUGAAGUGGAACGGGAACUGAUCAAGGAAACAGAGGUCCUCCAAGGUGUGAUUGCUCUACUUGAACGGACGCUGGAACAAACCGACGAGCAAAUUCGGCUAAAUCGCUCAGCCAAAUACAAUCUGGAAAUGGAUCUGAAGGACAAAUUCACUGCCUUGACCAUUGACGACUAUUGCUCCACCCUGAACAACAACACGCCUGAUAUUCAAUAUGCCCAAAAUGUAGUGACGGUGGAUAACAGCUCCGUGAGCCCCGAUGAAUGGGUGGAUUUCUCGAACGUGAAUGUGGAAAAGGCGGACAAACAGCGGAACAAUUCCUUGGCGCUCCGUGCCCUGAUUGACAGUAUCCUGUCCCAGACCGCGAGCGACAUGCGCAAACAGAGUAAGACGGCGAACGUCGCUUUCCAGAACAGGGUGAAGGAGACCAAGGAUGCUAAGGCCAAGCUGGAGGUGCACCUGGCGAAGGUGAUGGAGGAAGUUAAUUCCCAAGAGAAGAAUAUUGAGACCCUGAAGAAAGCCAUCCUUGGCAAGGAAGGGCCGGCCAAGGUGGCAGCGACGCGCCUGGAGACCCGGACGCACCGGCCGAACGUGGAACUCUGCCGAGACAGGGUGCAGUAUCGACUCAUCAAGGAGGUGCACGAAAUCCACCACAACAUUCAGAGGCUGAAGGACAUGCUGGCUGAGGCUGAAAAGGAACUGAAAGGGCUGAAUCGACAGCAGCUUUCCCUGGAGGAGGAAAUCCAGGUCAAAGCGAACACCCUCUACAUCGACGAAGUGCUCUGCAUGCAGAUGAGGGAGUCCAUUUCCAUCAACAACUUCUAACGCCAGGAUGCUGGCGGAUCCUCGGCCCUGCACAGAUUUGCUCAGAUCGACCACACCAAACUGCCUCCAUCUUGCCUCACCUUUAUGUUGACCAAAUGUCUAUUGUGUGCUUGCUAUAGAAAA